AAUCUAUGGAUGAAAUAAUAGUACCAAAAAAUACAAAUUAUACAAGGAAAAUUAGGCCUCAUCAACAACAACAACAAAAAAAUGAUCAAGCUUUGAAGAAUUGUCCAAGGUGCAAUUCAACAAACACAAAGUUUUGUUAUUACAAUAACUAUAGUCUUUCUCAACCAAGAUUUUUUUGCAAGAAUUGUAGAAGAUAUUGGACUGAUGGUGGAUCUCUUAGGAACAUUCCUAUUGGUGGAGUUUCAAGAAAAUCCAAGAAAUCAUCAUCCAAUAAUAUUAUGAAAAAUAAUCUUAUUUCUCCUAAAAUACAAGAUAUUAAUAAUAAUACUCCUAAUAAUAAAGGGGUUGAUCAAGAUCUCAACUUGGAUUUUUCAUCUGAUUUCAAGAUUAUUUCUGAGUUGAUCCAAGUACCAAAUAAUAAUUCAUUUAUGCCAAUCAUGCCUAGUAUGUCUGAUCCAAAUUCAAUUUACUUAUUCUCUAGUAAUUUGGAUCAUGGUUUAAUUGGAAGUAGUAGUACUAGUGAUGGUGGCUAUGAAUGUAAUAAUAUUAUUCAAGAUUAUUUGCAAGAGUGUACUACUACUACAAGUACAACAACAGGUGGAGGGAUUUUGUUUCCUUUUGAAGAUUUAAAGCAAGUUUCAAACAUAAGUGAGCAAAGUAGAGAUGGAGAAUCAUCAAAUGGAUAUUGGGAUGUAAUUUUAGGAGGAAAUUGAGAUACUGGUACAACAACAUAUCCAAUAUAAUUUUUGA